CUCGGUACUCUUCUUAAAAUAUCUUGCUUCAACUUCUCGCUCAAGCGAUCAAAAAAAAAAAAAAAACUUCUCGCUCAAGGCAGGGAGGGCUUUCAACCGACAGCCGCCGAACCGGAGACAAUGCGGCUUCGCCCUCCAGCCGCCGGAAUGGAGUUCGCCGUCGUCGAGGGAGAGUCGUUCUCGCCUUCCUGCCCCACGCUCAUCAUGCCAGCGUUGUCGAUUGGCAACGUGGGCCAGCUCGCCGUCGACCUUCUGAUAUCCUCGGCGAGGGCGAGGCGGGUGGCCUUCCUCGAUGAGCCAUCCGUGCUGCCCUGUGCCGGCAACGACGCCUUCGGCCCCGAUGCCGUGGGCGACCUCGCGCUCGCUCUGGAAGCUUAUGAAUCUACAUCUCAUGGCCUGGCUUUCAUUCAGCAAAGAUCUCCUGUUAUUACAGGCAUGAUGGUUUCAUUUGCAAAAAAUGUUGCUGAUUUCAUAAGUAACAUUGGAAAGGACCAUAUUGUUAUUCUUUCGAGUUUAGAUUCUGGCAAGAGGAGGGUUAUUGAUGCUUCAAGUAACAUGCAGGUAUAUUACCUUUCAAGUUGCAAUGAAGAUGGUUCUGAUCCAGAAUAUGAGAAAUUGGGUUGGAAGAAACUUGAGGAGUAUGAUCCAUCUCAUAAACGUUGGAGUUGUCUUACUGGCCUAGUUGAGGGUGGUGAUUUUUCAGAAGAUAUGGUUGAUGACACUGAUGAGAUGACAAUAAAUGAUUAUUAUGCAAGCUUGCCAUUUGCAGCACUGUUCUAUGCCUGCAGGGCUAAAGGUUUGAAAGUUUCUUGUGUACUGUGCUACUGCUCAGAAGGUGACAACAUGCCUGAAUCUUUCCAGUUAGCUGAGGCAGUAUGUAAACUUCCAGGUCAUGGCCCUGAGAAAUUACAUGGAAAUGGGUCGAAUGGAUGGACUGUUCCCUUGUCAUGGAAAUCAGUCUAUGGACCACCACCUGAUAUGUCUAUCUUCUAGUGGUGUGCACUGAUCUGGUGAAGUUGCCAUCAUGGAAAAUGCUGAAUUUAGAGUCGAGGAUGUUGAACUCUUACAUGAGGUUGUGUACCAGAAGUAUCCUGGAAGGUGAGUUGUAGGUGUUUAUGGUCACGUGAUUAAAACUCUUUCCCUGUGGAACUACUGGAGGCACCGUGAUAAUUGAACCCUGGGAUAAAUCAAUCGGAAUACCUUUUAUAACUGACAGUUGUGGCUGCUAAAAAGUCAGAUCUUUGUCAAUUCAGGUCUGCUAGAGUGGUUACGCUUGUUGCUUACCAUGUGCAAUCUCUAAUCAAACCAUGGAAAUUCCAAGCC